GGGAGCUGGGCCGCGGCGCUGCAGGAUGGGGGGCUGCGGCCGCUGGCUUGGGCUGUGCCUGCUGCUGGCCCUGGUUGGGCCCGGCGGGGCCCUGCAGAACGUCACCACCCAGCUCUUUGGGGCGGAGGCCUACGGGACCCUAGCGGCCUUCGGCGACUUCAACUCGGACAAGCAGACGGAUCUGUUUGUGCUGCGAGGCGGAAAUGAGUUGAUUAUCUUUUUGGCUGACCAAAAGGAACCCUACUUUAAGCCCCGUGUUAAGUUACCAAUGAAAUCUCUCAGUGUUACCAUAACCAGUGUAGUUCCUGGAGAUUAUGAUGGUGAUUCACAAAUGGAUGUCCUCCUGACUACCCAGGCACAAAAUCAUGGCAAAGAUGAACUUUCAGUGUUUAUUUUCUGGGGGCACAACCAAACAUUAGAUCUUAACCAUAAAACUAUGUUAAAUAAGACUUUUCUUGAUGAGCCUCUAGUAAUGGACUUUAAUGGAGACUUGAUUCCUGACAUCUUUGGUGUCACAAGUGAUUCAAGUAAGCCACAGAUAUUGAUAGGCGGGAACUUAUCAUGGCAUGCUGCAUUGGAAACCCAAAGUAAAAUGUAUAUACCACACUCUCAUGCAUUUAUAGAUUUAAAUAAUGACUUCGCUGCUGAUUUGUUCCUUACUACCUUACCAAAUUCACAAAACAUUAUUUUUGAGACAUGGGUAAAUAAGGAUGGGAACUUCUCUAAACUUGAAAAAACUAUGGAAAAGCCUAGUGGUGUGAAAGUUGUUGGACAGUCUGUGUUUGCAGAUUUUGAUGGGGACGGACGAAGUGAACAUUUAUUACCAGUCUGUGAAGAUACAACAUGUCAAAAAAGUGCCAUCUACUUAACGAAGCUAGGAUUGGAUCAGUGGAUUCCAGUCUUGCAAGACUUCAGAAAUAAAGACACACUCUGGGGUUUUGUACCAUAUCAAAAUGACAAAUCUUCAACAGAAAUUUCAUUUCCAAUUACACUUCAUAUUGGAGAUUACAAUAUGGAUGGCUACCCAGAUGCUCUUGCUAUACUAAAGAACACAUCUGGAAGCAAUCAACAAGCAUUUUUACUAGAAAAUGUCCCAUGUAAUAAUGUAAGCUGCAAGAGUGUACGUCGCAUGUUUAAAGUUUUUUGGGAGCUCUCGGAUCUGAAUCAAAUCAAGGAUGCAGUGGUAGCAACCUUCUUUGACAUAUAUGAAGAUGGAAUCUUGGAUAUCAUUGUGCUAAGCAAAGGCUACUCCAACAAGGAUUUUGCUAUCCAUACAUUAAAAAAUAACUUUGAAGCAGAUGCCUAUUUUGUUAAAGUUAUUGUUCUCAGUGGCCUCUGUUCUAAUGACUGUCCGCGGAAAAUAACACCUUUUGGUGUUAAUCAGCCUGGUCCUUACAUCAUGUACACUACUGUAGAUGCAAAUGGAUACCUGAAAAAUGGGUCAGCUGGACAGCUUAGCCAGUCAGCACAUUUUGCUCUCCAGUUGCCAUACAACGUGCUAGGCUUGGGACGUAGUGCUAAUUUCCUCGACCAUUUGUAUGUUGGCAUUCCUCGUCCUUUAGGAGAAAAGUCCGUAAGAAAACAAGAAUGGACAGCUAUCAUACCAAACUCCCAGCUUAUAGUCAUCCCCUAUCCUCAUAAUGUUCCUCGAAGCUGGAGUGCCAAGCUGUAUCUGACCCCAAGUAACAUUGUGCUGCUAACAGCUAUAGCCUUAAUUGGUGUCUGCGUUUUCAUCCUGGCAAUAAUUGGCAUAUUACACUGGCAAGAAAAGAAAGCAGAUGACAGAGAGAAGCGACAGGAGGCUCAUCGGUUCCAUUUUGAUGCUAUGUGACAUGCCUUAAUAUUUAUGAAGGAGCUGCUACUCAUUUGCUUCAUUGAAAUACUAAAUUCUGAUUUGUAAAAUUAUUACCGUGAAAAUACUGCUGGUGUGCUAUUUGUAAAUGUUGCAUUAUUUGGUAUUUAUUUGGAAAGUAUUAAAAUUAGACCUGAAUGUCUCACAAAGCCUUUCAGUUAACAGACUGUAUAUAAUAGCAUUUGGUCUUUAUUUAACAGAACUGUAAACUUAUUUUUCUUAGUAAAGGGAUCAAAUUGCAUGUACCGUUGUUUACAUACCACCAAUUCUUUAGUAAUAUUUCAUAGAAAGCUGUGUAAAUAAAGUUUAGCAUUUCAGUGAGCAGAAUACUUUAUACCACUUGAAUUGGUGUUGUCAUUUAUACAUUCCUGCAAAAUAACCUGCAUUUCUGAAAAUUAAGCUUAACCAAUUUCUCAGAUCAUUAAUUCUUUUUAUUGUACUAAAUGGUGCUCAACCAAAA